CAACAUUCCCAUCUCACAACUCCAUUCAGAAACUCUCAUUAGUUCCACUUUCAUUCUGUAGCAAAAUUGAAGCUAUGGAUCAAACCAAAACCCACAAAAUAUCAGCUUUUACUCAAAGCACAAAAGCUCAUAACUAUCUAAUCAAGCUCAUCCAAUUGUUAGUCUCAUUAUCUUUGUUUUCUUUCUUCAUUCCUCCAUCUUCCUUGCUUGCUUUCCUCUACCACUUCAACUUCUACUUCUCUACAUUUUCCUUCCAACUAUUCACCCACACCAUAGACAAGAACUGCAUGUUCCUCCUGUGCAAUGGCCUCCUUGUGUUUGUUGGCAUAACAAGAUCUUUAUCUAAGUCUAGUAGUGUUGGUGAAUCUUACAAGUAUGUUGAAGAUGGAUCACAAUCUUCAUACUCAGAUGUUCAGGCUAAUGAGCCAAUAAUGUUGGUGGGGAAGGUAGUCAUGGAGAAAAAUCAUGAGCCUGAUGAACAGAAUACAGAAGCAGAACAUGCAAUAGAAAUCAAGUACUAUGGUGAAGAAGAAGGAGAAGAAAGCAUUGGAGACAUAGUUUUGGAAGGUGAAGAAAAAGGAAAAGGGGAUAGAGAAUCAGGUUUGAAAGAAGAGGAGGAGCCAUGUGGAGAAAUUGGAUCAUUUGGUGCUGGUGAUGAAGACAAGGAAUCAGAAAAUGAUGAGUUUAUGAUUGGAGAAAGUGUUGAAGAGGAAGAAGUUGUAGAAGAACCAAACUAUGUGUUAAGUACUGAGGAGUUGAACAAAAAAUUUGACGACUUCAUUAGAAGGAUGAAGGAGGAUUUGAGGAUUGAAGCUCAAAGACAAUUACUCAUGGUUUGAAUUUGAUUAGAAACAAUAUUAAGAUAUUCUUCUUAUACCAUUUUUCAUUUUCUGCUUAGGAUUUGUAGGACUAGUUGUUAGCCCCCUCUUCCUCUUCAUCCCUCCUAUACUUCUCUAGUAUUAUAGUUUGUACUUUAUGCAAUUUGAUCCUCUAAAUUGAGGAUGGCCAUUAGAGUAACAUUGUAGAAUUGUAAUUAUUAAUGAGAAAACUAUAUAAGAUCCUGUAGAAUACAAAAAGUCAAACAUUUUAUUUUA